AUGCCGACGGGGAUCGAAACCCGCGAGGCGGGGGCCGUCGAGUCGGUCAACAGCGGCAUUGCCGCGCCCUACGGCCGGGCCUGCACCAACUGCUCCCGCGCAAAGUGUAAAUGUAUCCUCCGCCCCGUCGGCGGGGCUUGCGAGCGUUGCCACCGGCUCGGAAAGUCUUGCCAGCCGAGCAACCCCAUCCGCAAACGCUCCAAGAAGCCACCGUCUAGCCGGACGGCGCAGCUGGAGGAGAAGCUUGACGGGCUCGUCACCCUGCUGAGGCAAUCGGGCAGACCGAAUUUGUCGGCUGACUUGGACGUUGGUGCUAACAUGUCCGGCGGGCCUGUUUCCUCGUCGUCGACAACAGGGGCGGCCGCGGCGGGGAGGGGGCAGUCGCCGGAGAUGGGGGAUGUGCGCGGUGGCGGCGGCGGUGAUGGCUUCGAGUCGGCGCAGCAUUUUCACAAGGGGGACCGCGGGGACCGCGGCGCUUCGUUGCCGACGCCGACACAGACGGCCAGUCCCGAGGGUCCGGGGUUUGGCGAAGAGCUGCCCUCUCCGGACGAAGCGGAGGCUCUGUUUGAGGCGUUCCGCGGUCAGAACCUACAGUAUUUACCGUUUCUCAACUUCAAGGCCACGAUGACGGCGGAGGAGCUGCGCGCCGAGAGGCCGUUUCUGUGGAUCUGCAUCAUGACGGUCGCGUCGAGGGUGUCGAGCCAGCAGCUCGCGCUGGGACAGCGGGUGCGGCAGAUUUUGAGCCAGAAGCUCCUGGUCGACAAUGAGAGGAGUAUCGAUUACCUCCUCGGGCUCUUGGUGAUUUUGGGAUGGGCGAAUCACCAGCUUGGCAAUAAGCCAUUUAUGUGUUUAUUUUGUCAGAUCGCCAUUGGUCUCAUCUUUGAUCUGGGCCUGUCCCGCGACCCCUUGGACAACCUCAACCCCUUUCUCUGCUGGAAGGCUGCGCAGGAGAGGUCCGAGAGGGAGAAGACUGGGGCCGUGGGGCAUAUGCUGUAUGUCAAGUCGCAAAUGCCGCGGACAAUGGAGCAGCGGAGGGCCGUGGUUGCGUGCUAUCUCAUCUCAUCGUCCGUCGCGAGUUUCCUGGGCAAGAUGGACCCUUUGCGUUGGACAACACACAUGGACGAGUGUCUGCAGGUUCUCGACGAGCAGCCCGAGGCGCCCCCGGACCGGACCCUCGUCGCGCUGGUCAGAAUGCAGCUGCUGAAAGAGGAGGCCGUCAAGGUGUCCUCGGCCUGGCGUCCCGAGAACAUGUUCGACAUUGUCGACGCACAAAAGACGCCGCCCGCCAUGUACGUCAAGCUGCUCCAGAGACAGCUUCAGCAACACAUCCAGAGCCUGCCGUCAGAGCUCCAAGGCACAGACACAAUCAUCGCCCAGCUCCACUGCACGGAACUCUCCAUCCAGGAAAUCGCCCUCUCCAACAAGACUGGCACCUGCGUGCCCGCCAACCUCCCCGACGUGGCCCGCCUCGACAUCCUCUACGCCUGCCUGCACGCCGUCAAGGCCUGGUUCGACCACUUCCUCACCCUGCCGCCCGCGGCCUACUACACGACGCCCUUUCUCACCUUUGCCCAGCUCUCCCACUGCACGAUAGCGCUGUACCGUCUCUCCGUGCUCGAGGACCCCGUCUGGGAUAGGGCGAGCGUGCGGUCGACGAUUGACCUCAUUGCGACGCUCGACGAGAUUGGGGACCGGUUCAUGAGGGUUUGCAGCGAGGCUGGGUUGAACGUGGAUGUUGAGGAGGGGAACGCGUUUGCGAGGGCUGUCAAGACGAUCAGGGGGCUCAAGGGGACGUGGGAGGCUUCUAUGGCGCCGUUGGCCAAAGUUGAUGCUGCCUCUGCUGCGCCGACGGCGGGGGUUGAGGGGGGGGCGUCGGCGUCGGCGGCGGCGGCGGCGGGGGUGCUUGGGGCUGGGACCGGGGCCGGGAUGGGUGCUGCGGGUGUUGGGGAGGUUGAGAUGGGGCAGUUUGGGUUGGAUUUGUUGGAUAAUCGGUGGUUUACGGAUAUUUUUACGCCGUUUGACUUUUGA